GAGGAACCUUAAGACGAUGUUGUGUCUUUUUCUUUAAAUUGUUGAAGGAAAAAAAAAAAAAAUCUUCCAGAUUUGGUCCCUGUCAGUCAGAAAUAAUUGUGUGCUUAAUCUUGUCCCUGAUGGAUGACUCGGAGUUCAGCAAUGGGCCAGCUCCAAUGACAAAUACAAUAUUAAUAUUCAUUAACUGCUUUGACAAUGCUAAUUUUGAUGCAGUAGUAAAGGGCCUUCCAAAGUUAGCGGCCAAAGCAUCAGAGCUGAGCAAGGUGGCAAGAUAAUUUGUGCUGCUUUACUGAGCUGAAGGCUUUUAAAGUCUUAAGCAGGAGGGGGAGAGGAAGAAAAAAAAGGCAAGGUACCACAAACAAAAUAAAAGAGAAAGGGAAAAAGUUCAGACGCAUUGGAAACCGGGACUGUGGAAGUAAUACGAUCAAGCGACGGCUACGAAAAUUUGACACCUCCGAUGCUGCAUCUUUGAACAAAUCUUUUUUUUUCUUCUUUUUUUUUUAAAUUUUUUUAACAAAAACUCGCAACAAAAGGGGAGCACAACAUGUCUAAUAAGGUUCCAGUGGUACAGCACCCUCACCAUGUGCACCCUCUCACACCUCUGAUCACCUACAGCAAUGAGCACUUCACACCGGGGAACCCCCCACCUCACCUACAGUCAGACGUGGACCCCAAAACAGGAAUCCCGAGGCCUCCACAUCCUCCAGAUAUAUCUCCUUAUUACCCGCUGUCGCCCGGCGCCGUCGGCCAGAUCCCCCACCCGCUAGGAUGGCUAGUACCACAGCAAGGUCAACCUGUUUAUCCAAUCACAACAGGGGGCUUCAGACACCCUUACCCAACUGCGCUCACUGUCAACGCAUCCAUGUCAAGUUUUCUGUCCUCCAGGUUUUCCCCACACAUGGUGCCCCCUCACCACAGUUUGCACACCACGGGCAUCCCGCACCCGGCCAUCGUCACGCCCAACGUCAAGCAGGAAUCCUCCCACAGCGACAUCUCUCUCAACAGCUCGAAACAGUCGGACGCUAAAAAGGAGGAGGAGAAGAAGAAGCAGGUGCACAUAAAGAAGCCCCUGAAUGCCUUCAUGCUCUACAUGAAGGAGAUGCGGGCCAAGGUGGUGGCCGAGUGCACGCUGAAGGAGAGCGCCGCCAUCAACCAGAUCCUGGGCCGGCGGUGGCACGCCCUAUCGCGGGAGGAGCAGGCCAAGUACUACGAGCUAGCCAGGAAGGAGCGACAGCUCCACAUGCAGCUGUACCCGGGCUGGUCAGCACGAGACAACUAUGCGGCUAACCAACAGGGGAAAAGGAAGAAGAGAAAAAGGGAAAAGCAGCAAGCAGAGAGCAAUGAACACAGAGAAUAUUUUCCAAACCCUUGCCUUUCACUCCCUCCGAUUACAGACCUGAGCGCUCCUAAGAAGUGUCGAGCGCGCUUUGGGCUCGAUCAACAGAAUAACUGGUGUGGCCCGUGCAGGAGAAAAAAAAAGUGCAUUCGCUACAUCCAAGGUGAAGGCAGCUGUGCCAGUCCUCCCUCUACGGACGGAAGCUUACUAGACUCCCCCCCCUCCUCCCCCUCCUCAGCGGUUCCCUCCCCCUCCCCAAAAGAGUCCAAACCUCAGACUGAACAAAUGCAACCUCUCUCACUGACUAUGAAACCGGCCCACCAGCCACUCCACCACCCGCACCUCCGGGCCGGGCCCCCACCGCCAUCUUUGGUUCAGCUGGAAAACUCUGCUGCAGCAAGGAAAACGCCCGGCGCCUCCUCCCACAACGGGGCGCCGCGGCACGCCGACGUCUCGUCCUCGCGGCAGCCGGGCUCUUCUUCUUCUUCUUCGGCGGCGUCCUCCGCGGCCCGGGCCUCGGCGGCGCUGCGUCACUCCCACUCGCUCCUCUCCUCCGCGGCCCCCCAGCCUCUGUCGCUAGUGACCAAGUCUAUAGAAUAGUCUGCCCUAUUCUUCUCUCCUCUUUUCUGUCUUUUCUGCAGACGCACACACACACACACACACACACUCUCAAAGCUUUCUAGGCCCUCUCUCUGCUAUCUUUCACUUGCUGUCGGUUCAUUUCUCUCUUUUAUGUUUCCGUGCCACGAGGCUUUGAAAUUAAGUUUUUGUUUUAUUAAAGUUCAUUGGUCAAUAUUUGAUCAUUAUCGAAAGAAAAAAAAAUCAAAUUAUUAUAACUAAAUGAUACAAUGAGCUGUAGUAUAGCUUUGUGAAUCUGCCAAAAUUUGUAUGGUUUUUUUUUUGUAGUGUUAAAAACAGUGCAAACAGAACAAUGAUCUAGUUCCACUUCAACGUGUUUAAAAGACGGAUAUAAAAAGGUAGGCUAGAUUAUUCAAUGAGCCCUUUUCUUCAAAGAGUUGGUUCUCCUUCUUUAUUUGUAUUAAAUACGAGCUUGCGAACCAAUCAUUUGACACCUGUUCAAACUCUAGGAGGGCACGAGGCGAGCAGCGACGACUCUAAUUGUGAUGUUACUUGUUCUUGUUUAAAUGUACAGAAUAAUGGGGAGGGGGGAUUACUGUGUUAAAUAUGCAUUCUUCCACUGCGUUGUCUUUUUUCGUUGUUGUUUACCUUUGGGGUGGAGUCGGGCGAGUUGGGUGGGCUUGAGGGGAGGUUCGGGGUGGGAGGGUUAUUAAAUUCAAAAAUGUCACAACGCUAGGACCAGUAGUAUUUAUUGCUUUAGAGAUUGCUUGUUGUAUCUUGUAUGUGUCUCUUUUUGACUUUUUUGUUUCUUAAUACAUUGUACAAAUAUUAUUUUUUUUUUUCCUCAAGGUAAGCGACUUAUAUAUGAAUGAUCCAUUUUUACAAGGAGGUUUUAAAAGGCAAAUCUUUUGUUAUUGAUUUCUUUCCUCGCUGAAAACCUGGAUUCCACUCAGUGUAUUGUGUAGAACUCAUGAACAGAAGUAUGCACAACUUCAUUUCAAGAAAUGCGUCUAUAAGCCAUUUUACAAAAAGAAGAAAAGAAAACUUGAAACGAGACAGUGGGUACCGUGUCUUCAGUAGUUGGAAAAGUGUCUAAAGCCCUUCUUUUUUAUCGCACAGUCGCAUCGCUGGCUGUUGAUUCGUGUACAGAUUUUUUCCGUGCCAAAUUUGUGAUAAUUUCCUCUGCCCCUCUAAAACCACGCUGUAGGGAUCCUUCUUUUGUCGGGUUUUUUUUUUUUCUCCAUCAUUUUUAAUUUCGAUUCCAUUCUUUGCUGUGACGUUACAUAGAUUGCUAUGUAUGUAGUAUAAAUGUUGCUAUAACAAAUGUGUUUGGUAGCAAUUUGUCAAAUAUUAAAAUUUAAACUUAAUAAAAAAGCGGACAUCAAACUGUAUAAAACCCACAAGGGCCAAAUUAUGUAUAUUAGGAAGUUCAUAAAAAAACUUAUUAAAUACAAAAAAAUACACAAACUGCCACUUUUAAGUACACUACUACAUAUAGGUAGAUAGAAAAAAUAGGCAUGUUGAUGUUGCAAGAGGCUGUAAAAAAAGCUACAAGAGAAUCAUCCACUCGGUGCCAUUGUAGUUGACAUGACGCGACUGUAAUCUGUCGAUUUCUUCUCUGGUUUAUUAAGAUGCUAAUGAUAAAUAGUUUGAAUGUUUCCUUAACGGCUGUGAUGUUCCUGUUCUAUUUUAUGCUCUUAUCUUUUUGUUUGUUUGUUUCUCCUGUUAUUUUAAAUGGUUCCAAAACCAUGUUUUUUUGUAAUGAAUAAAUGUUUAUGCUGUACAGUCUCUGUAGCAUGCAGUUCUGUAUUAAUAAAAGCAACUUAGUAUGUGCA